CUGAUCCCAGGUCGGCUCCAAGCGCAGGAUGCAAGAUCAGCUGGCUCAUGGAAACCUGGAGGCCCGUGGCGUGUCAUUUUAUCACGCCGACCACAAAUUCAGCAGCUACAUGUGACUUCAUCAGUGGACUAACUGGACGAGGAUGGCAUCGACGUUCAAGACCCGGAGAUAAAACUCACACAGUCCUCAUACUGCCUACGCUUUUUGCAUUUUGACUUUCUUGAAGGAACUUCACUCAACAGCACAGAGGGAAAUCAGAAGUGAAUCAAUGCAUGUCCAUCUCCAGGGAGUCAUACCCCAUCUCAACCUGACAAAUGGCGUUACAGGAGUGCCAUCCGACAGCCAUACUCCUGACCUCAGUCAUGGCGGCGGUUCUGGGCUCCCUGCAGAUUGGCUACCACACAGGGAACGUCAACGCCCCAGCCAAGAUCAUUGCGCAGUUUUUCAAUGAAACCUGGAGAGACAGACACAACCAAACCAUCUCAGACCACAGCCUGACCCUCCUGUGGUCGCUGUCUGUCAGCAUUAAGGACUUUGGAGCCCUGUUGGGCUCGCUGGGAGUCAAACAUCUAGCAGAUUCAUUUGGACGGCGUAACUCCAUUCUGGUAGUCAAUUGUCUAUCUGUGGUAGGAGCGUGCCUGAUGGUCAUCUCCAAAGCCAUUAAAGCAUUUGAGGCUCUCAUCCUAGGAAGACUGUUGUUUGGUCUGUUUUGCGGCCUGGCGAUGAGUCUCAGUCCGCUCUACAUCCAGGAAGUGUCCCCCACCGCCCUGAGAGGGGCCUUUGCUACACUCAACCAGGUGGCCUAUGCUUCAGGGAUCCUUUUGGGCAUGGUGUCCGGACUGGAGACAGCGUUGGGCACAGUAGAUCACUGGGACAUUAUGUUGUCUCUGUCUUUGAUCCCAGCACUGGCACAGUACCUGAUCUUGCCUUUCUGCCCCGAGAGCCCCCGAUACCUGCUGAUCAACAAGGGACGGCAAAGCAAUGCGGAAUCUGCACUCCUCAAGCUGAGAGGAAACCCAGACAGGGUGCUCGCCGAGCUGGAGGAGAUGAAAGGAGAGGCGGCGCACAUUCAGCCUCAUGUCUCCAUCUGUGAGUUCCUAAAGAAGCGAAGCUACAGGCUGCCCAUCAUCAUCGUCCUCUUUGUCAACUUGGCCAGCCAGUUGUCUGGGUUCAACGCGGUCAUCAAUUAUUCCACCAGUAUAUUCCAGAGCAAGUUCGACACGGCCAAGUACCUGACUCUGGGUGUGGGGGCUGUCAACGUGGUCUUCACAUUGGUGGCAUUUUUCCUGAUGGAAAAGGCCGGGAGAAGGCGAUUGCUCCUGACUGGUUUCUUCUGCAUUGCGCUGUGCAACUUACUUAUGACUGUGGCAGAUUCUGUAGUGCAUCUGGUCCCACAGAUGGGGAUACUGCAGGUCCUGCUGGUGUUCUGCCUGAUCUCUGCCUAUGAGCUGGGUCCCGGACCAAUCUCCUGGUUCAUCGCUGGGGAGCUGUUUGACCAGCGUGGCCGACCCAUCGCCCUGGCCUUUUCCAGCAUGCUCAACUGGGGAGGGAAGUUUGUUCUGGCGCUGCUCUUUCCUCCAGUACUGUCAGUCAUCGGUGGAUACACGUACCUCCUCUUCAUGGCAGUUGCUAUAAUUGGCUUUGCCGUCACCUGGUUUCAAGUUCCCGAGACAAAAGGCCGCACGUUCGACGAGAUUGCGGAGGAGUUCAGGCGGACGGACAGCCUUCCGUUGCACAAUAAGAAUGGUUUCAACACCUUUACCUAAAGGGACCUUUUGCGCCUUCCAGAAAUGUAUAGAUAUGAUUAAAAAGGGGACACCUUG